UGCUACUGGUGAUGUGCCGAAGGUGCUCGAAACUUCAGCAGUCUGAGAAGCGAAUCAUUUGUGGAGUCUUCCACUAGGUGCUUGGCGUGUCAUGGAUGCAGUGAAGGAGGGUCACAAGAGCACCUUCAGCUCAGGAAAGAUGGUGGCCCUUGCUGCAGGCCUCUCAGUUGGGGCCACAGUAGGCUAUAUAGUCUACCGCCAUAUGAGUAGCACCAGCAGCUCUAAUCCACCCAACAUUGAGGAGUUGAGGCUGACAAUACCCCUAGAAAUUUAUAGGAACAUCUCCAGAUACCAGGCCACAUUUCUGGAUAUGGUGACCCAGAAGUCUGGAGCUCACGUCAGGUUGUUACCAGAGUCAGGAGAGCUGGGCUCCCAGACUACUGUGUGUUUUCUGCUGCACGGCUCCCCUGAGCAGGUACUGCUGGCCAGGUGUGUGCUGGAGAACCUGGCUAAAGACUGUGAGCCAACAACUGAGAUCUUGGAAGUUCCUCAGACUGCUUUUGGACAGAUCAUAGGCCGUGGAGGAGAGACUGUGAAACUGAUCACCAGGAUCACUGGGGCCAGAGUGAUGUGUCCCAAAGAGAGGGCACAGGGUCUUGAGGCAAAGGGCAAUGUGACAAUUAUAGGAACACGUCAGGGAGUCAGACAGGCCAAGGAGAUGAUUUUGGAGAAGGUCAGAGAGGAUAUGAUAGUGAGAAUGAAAAUCUCCCAAUCCUCUGCCCUUCGCCACAAACGACGAUCCCAGGACCAUGAAGGUCAAAAGGUAGAGGUCAUGGAAAUUAAGCCAACACUCGGUCUGAACAACAACAGUCCUUUUGCUCUGAAAGUAGUGGAAAAGGGGCUUGUGGAAGCUAAUGGGACCAUAGAGGAACCAGGAACAUUUUGCAGUGAUGGCCAAGAGCUCAAAGUCCUCAACCCAGAGCACAAGGAAGAUGAAAAUGAGGAGGAGGAGGAGGAAGAAGAGGAGAGUGACCUUAUUUCACCAGACUCCCUCUCUGAGGUGUCAAAGUUUGAGAUUCCCAGCCCAGACCUGAGCUUCCAACCUGAUGAGCAUCUGGAGGUUUAUGUUUCAGCCUCUGAAAACCCAAACCACUUCUGGAUCCAGAUUCUGGGGGUUCGCUCUCUCCAGCUAGACAAGCUAACUGAGGAGAUGAGCCGCUUCUACAGCAAUGGCACCCUGACUGAGCACAAGGUAGAGACCAUUGUGGUUGGGGAUAUUGUGGCUGCCCCAUACUGUGACCACGGCACAUGGAACCGGGCCAGGGUUUUAGGGGUCUUAGGCUCAGGCCUGGUGGACCUUUACUAUGUGGAUUUUGGGGACAACGGGGAGCUGUCUAGAGACAGUCUCCGUACUAUGAGGAGUGACUUUCUCAGUUUACCAUUCCAGGCCAUUGAGUGUAGCUUGGCAGGAGUAAAAUCAGCAGGAGAAACAUGGUCAGAGGCAGCCCUGGAUGAAUUUGAAAGGAUGACUUAUUGCGCUGAAUGGAGACCCCUGCUGGCCAAACUGUGUAGCUACUCUCACUCUGAGGUCUCUUCCUGGCCCAGUGUCAAGCUCUAUGACAACCUUGACGGCAAGGCAUUGGACCUCGGUGAGGAGUUGAUACGUCUUGGCCAUGCUGUGAGCUGCCAUGAUAUGGAGAAUGAGAGGGGUGCAGGAGAGGACCAUGGCUGUAUUCAGAAGAUACUGGAUGACGUAAUGGGAACAUCAUCAGAGCUAAGUCUGUCCUGUGUCAGCUUAUCAGAAGUGGCAUCAAUCUCAGGAAGUGUUGAUGAUAUCUUAAAUGAUGAGCUCCUCCAAGACCAAAGAAGUUGAUCCUCAAGAUGGGCAGAAGGGGACACUUCCUUACCAAUCAUAAAGCCAACCACUUGAAUCCUCGACAAGAAGCCUUACUUGAAAAGCAUGCAGCGGACACUUCUUUGUUUUAAAUGUUACUCAACUGUGAGAAGUUUUUAGUUCGUGUUUUUCCUUUCAAACUACUUUUUUUUAUUAUGCCUGAUGCUGCUUUGCAUUUAUUUAUUUUUACUGUUGUGUUUGACUACUGAGAGGCAAGGAGAGGAACAAAAACUAGAAUUCCAUUAUUUUGGUUUUCUUAAAGCACUGUGAUGAGUCACAGAAACCAGAGGGCGACUGUGUCUUUACAAUGGUUGGUUCUCGUUUGCUUUAGCCUUAUUCUGUUUUUUUUGUGUGAAUAAAGAUAGCAAACCCUCUUAACAAUAAGCUUCAGAUGUUAUUUAUGUAUAAAAUAAAGAUAUACCAUUGCA